AUGCUUUUAUUCCUAUUAUUAACACCUUUGAUAGGUAUUUUCUUUCUAAUUACAAAUCUAUUUUUUAAUAGUAAUAAUACACAUAUGUAUAAAUCUAUUUCUUUAUUAGUAUCCUUAUUUAAUUUAAUAUUAUCACUUUUUAUUUUUAUCUUUUUUGAUUAUAGUUUUAAUCAAUACCAAUUUGUUCAAGAACAUCAUGAAAUUAAUGGAUUUAAUUUUUAUUUGGGUAUUGAUGAAACACUUUUAUUAGCAGUAUUUUUAGUUUUAGAUGUUUUUUUGUUUUAUAUUUUUUUUGAAAGUAUUUUACCCCCAUUAUUUUUAUUAAUAGGUAUAUAUGGUUCCAGUAAUAAAGUAAGGGCUAGUUUUUAUUUAUUUUUAUAUACUCUACUUGGCUCAUUAUUUCUAUUAUUAUCGAUACUUAGUAUGAAUUCAAUAAUGGGUACUACAGAUUUUGAUGGUUUAUAUAAAACUAAUUUUAACUAUAAUACACAGUUAUUUUUAUUUUAUGGUAUCUUUAUAGCCUUUGCAUCACCAUUAGGCGGAAGUAUUAUAUUAGCAGCAAUUGUCCUAAAAUUAAGUUUAUAUGGAAUACUUCGUCUAAUAUUACCUUUACUACCUAAAGCUUCAAUGAAUUAUACAUAUAUUGUAUAUAUAAUAGGUGUAAUCACUAUCAUAUACGCCAGUUUUAGUACUUUGAGAACUAUAGAUAUUAAAGAACUCAUAGCUUAUAGUUCCGUUUCUCAUGCUUCUGUUUAUUUAUUAGGUUUAUUUAGUAAUUCAAUUCAAGGUAUAGAAGGUGGAAUCGUCUUAGGAUUGGCUCAUGGUUUUGUGUCUAGUGGUUUAUUUAUAUGUGCUGGAGGUAUUUUAUACGAUAGAUCAUCGACUAGAUUAAUAACUUUUUAUAGAGGUAUAACUCAGUUAAUGCCUUUGUUUUCUAUAUUUUUCUUUAUUCUUUGUUUAAGCAAUGCAGGUACUCCUUUAUCUCUAAAUUUUAUAGGAGAAUUUUUAAGUCUUUACGGUACUUUCGAAAGAUUACCUUUAUUAGGUAUUUUUGCUAGCUCUUCUAUAGUUUUUUCUGCAGCAUAUACUAUUUAUAUGUAUAAUAGAAUAGCAUUUGGAGGUAAGUAUUCUAAAUAUUUUGUAAUUAAUAUACCUGAUUUAAAUCAACGUGAAUUUAUUAUUCUAUUAACCCUUGUUAUAUUUACAGUAAUAUUGGGGGUAUAUCCUUCUAUUAUUCUAGACGGCUUACAUUAUAGCGUGUCUCUUUUGAUAUAUCGUUCUUAA